CGUCGUCGCAGAAGCCCGGACAUAUCGACACUGCGCUUCGUUCAUUUCUCGAAUUCAGAAAUCACGGAGAUAAUCGACCUUCCUGUCGAACACGUUGUGAUAGAGGAACAUUAACGCUUUUGGGACACAGCACUCUUUACGUCGACAGGAUUCGUCGAAUAUAAAACGUGGGACAGAACAAUGAGACGGCAAGUACUGUUGUUCGUCUCGAUUUUUUCCCUCGGCUCAGUGUGCGGGCAGGUCACCUACUCCGUCCCCGAGGAAAUGACAAAGGGCUCUCUAGUUGGAAACAUAGCGCAGGAUUUAGGGUUAGACGUCAAACGGCUGAAGUCGGGUAAAGCUCGCAUAUACACGGAGGACAAUGCGGAAUACAUUGAGCUGAAUAAAGACAGAGGAGCCCUGCUCGUGAAGGAGAGGAUCGACAGAGAGGCGCUCUGCGGACAGACAACACCGUGCGCUCUACAUCUUCAGAUUACACUGGAGGAGCCGAUUGAAUUCUUUACAGUUACGGUCGAAAUCAACGACAUUAACGAUAAUGCGCCCAGCUUCAAGAAGGAUGAGAUGAGAUUCAGGAUCAGUGAGUCGGCGGUCAUCGGGGCGAAAUUUGUGCUGGAGAGAGCGAUGGAUCUAGACGUCGGCGUUAACGGAUUGCAGAGUUAUUCGCUUAAACCCACAGACAACUUCCAUCUAAAACUCCAAAAUCAGCAAGACGGUAGUAAAAAAGUGGAAAUGGUUUUGCAAAAACAACUAGACAGGGAAACGCACGAGCACCUCUCCUUGACGCUCACAGCCGUUGACGGUGGUGAUCCUCAGCUGUCGGGAACAAUGAGAGUAGAAAUUUCAGUGCUUGACGCGAAUGACAAUGCCCCAGUAUUUACGCAUGAAGUAUAUAAACUCACUAUAACGGAGACUGCUCCACAGGGCACCGUUUUGAGUACCGUUAGUGCUGUAGAUGCAGAUGAAGGCUCUAAUGGAAAAGUAACGUAUUCGAUAACAAACACGUUGGAUGAUGUCCCUGUUAUGUUUAGAAUAGAUGAAGACAGCGGUGUGGUGUCAUUAACUGGAAACCUGGAUUAUGAAAAGGCGCAGCACUAUGAAAUACACGUACAAGCUAGUGACGAUGGGGGACUGACAGAUUCGUGUAAGAUUAUUGUUGAAGUGACCGAUACGAACGACAAUCACCCCUCCAUUAAUAUAAUGUCGAAGACGAAUUCGAUAUCAGAAAAUUCUAAGCCAGGAACUGUGGUGACUAUAUUUAAUGUUCAAGAUCCUGACUCUGGGGAAAACGGAAAAGUCGCAUGUUAUAUCGGAGAUCACAUGCCAUUUCUAAUGAAAACUACGUCGAAGAAAUUCUUUAGCCUGGUAACAGACAGUGAGUUGGACCGAGAGAGAGCCUCUGAGUAUAAUAUAUCAGUGACGUGCUCUGAUGAGGGAGUGCCCUCCCUCUCCAGCAGCGUCACUCUCACCUUACAGAUCUCUGAUGUGAAUGACAACGCGCCUGUCUUUGAGAGCAGCUCAUAUGAGGCCUACAUUGUAGAGAACAACACACCAGGUCUCUCCAUAUUCACAGUGAAAGCCAGAGACGCUGACUGGAACCAGAAUGCCCGAGUUUCUUACAUACUGGAGGACUCCUCUGUUAACGGAGUGCCAGUCUCCUCAUACGUGUCGGUUAGUGCUGAUAGUGGAGUCAUCCAUGCAGUGCGCUCUUUUGACUACGAGCAGAUCAAAGAUUUCCAGUUCCGGGUCAAAGCUCAGGACGGAGGCUCUCCUCCUCUCAGUAGUAACGUGACAGUGAAAGUACUGAUCCAGGACCAGAACGACAACCCCCCUCAGGUCCUGUACCCAGUCCAGACUGGUGGCUCUCUGGUGGCUGAGAUGGUGCCUCGUUCAGCAGAUGUGGGCUAUCUGGUCACUAAAGUGGUGGCUGUUGAUGUGGACUCUGGACAGAAUGCCUGGCUCUCCUACAAACUGCAGAAAGCCACCGACAGGGCGCUGUUUGAAGUGGGCUCACAGAAUGGAGAAAUCAGAACGAUCCGUCAAGUGACUGAUAAAGAUGCAGUGAAACAGAGACUGACUGUGAUAGUGGAGGACAACGGGCAGCCCUCUCGUUCAGCUACAGUCGUUGUUAACGUGGCGGUGGCGGACAGCUUCCCUGAAGUGCUGUCGGAGUUCACUGACUUUACUCACGACAAGGAGUACAACGACAACCUGACUUUUUACUUAGUGUUGGCUCUGGCUGUAGUCUCCUUCCUCUUCAUCACGUGUCUAGUGGUUAUUAUCUCAGUGAAGAUCUACAGGUGGAGACAGUCUCGCGUCCUGUAUCACUCCAAUCUCCCUGUGAUUCCAUAUUAUCCACCACGUUACUCGGACACUUUGGGGACAGGGACUCUCCAACACGUGUACAACUACGAGGUGUGCAGGACGACUGACUCCAGAAAGAGUGACUGUAAGUUCGGCAGAGCUGGUAGUCAGAACGUGCUGAUCAUGGAGCCCAGUUCUACAGGGACGAUGCAGAGGAUGCAGAGUGAAAAGAGCAUCCUGGAUGAACCUGACUCUCCUCUAGAGGUUAGACAACUUUAACAAUCAUAAAUCCGUCUCUUUUAACGCAAAUCAUUGUCAAUGUAUUGGUGCAUUACAUCCAUAAGCCAUAAUUGCCUUCAGUAGGAUUCCGUAAAAGACCAAAUAUAAAUAUCUAGGUUGUGUUCUUGUUCAGCACCAAGGACAGCGAAAAGUAAAGCUCUCUAACACCAGUAAAGGGGCUGUAUAUAUGUUUCAUGUUGGCUGCAGCUGAUGUAUUUAUAUCAUUUAUACAGUCACAGCUCUUUUCUAAUUACAACAUUCAAAUAUAAAAAAAUUAAAUAACAGAAGUCUUCAUCAAAUAAUUUGUUCUUUGAACAUCUAAGUACUAAGUCAACGGCGACUCUGGUUUUAACUUUGCCUUGUUUUCAGUGUUA